GAGGAACAAAUUGAAAAGGACAAGCGAAAAUAUGCGUUGCCACGAAUCUUACCCUUGGGGCGUGAUCGUUUCUACAAUAAAUAUUAUUAUACUGACUGCAUAGGUGCCGCAGUCGGUGAAAAAUAUGGAACGGGGAGGAUUUUUGUAGAGACACCAAGUGCUUAUGAUUUGCAAAUAAUGACAGAGAAAGAAGAACAACGAUUCAACAAAAGACGGAAAGUUGAGGAAAUUUCUUUUGGCUCAGGCUCUGACAAUCAGACGAAAUGGGGUUAUUAUGAAGAUGUAAACCAGGUCGAAGAGUUAAGACAGUGGCUUAAUACCAAAGGAAUACGGGAAUUAGCGUUGAGUAACGAGUUGUCGGCACGUUAUCAAGAUAUCUCAUCAAGCAUGAAUAAGCGACAACAAGAUAUGGCUAUAUCUUAUUCGGCUCAAGAAGUUCGACGAAGUAGACGUACUCAAGCAACACUUGCAACGCUAUCAGCACAGCCAUACAUGAAAUGGACAAAUAA